AUGCCCAACAACACUUCAAACAUCGUUUUGUUCGACUAUUUCAACCCAAACAACACACUUACAACAACAUUUAGCCGAUUAGAAACAACAAAAACACCCCAACAAUUUUCUGAAAUUGUCGAUAACGAAACUUUAUUUUUCCUAAAAUUUUAUGAGGAAACUCGAAAUUUUGAAAGAUUAGUGGGAAUUAUAAUUCCGUCAAUUUUUGCUUUGUUUGCCCUUUUUGGGCUAGUAGGGAAUUUGUUAGUUGUUAUAGUUGCUUUGAAUAGACAAAUGAGGAAUUCGACAAAUACUUUAAUUAUUGGAUUGACUUGUUCUGAUUUGAUGUUUUUGACGCUGUGUAUACCUUUUACUGGUAGAUUUUGA